CAGACAGAGUGGAGAAUGCGAAGCUAGAGUAAAGAUGUACUGUAAUAUACAGUAUUUGGUUAAAUGUAUCUAGUUAAUAGUGAUGAGUCGGCUAUAAGAGCUGGCUCGCAUAUCAGAAGAGCCGAAUCUUUUUAUAAAAAUAUAAAAACAUUAAGAUAUUAACAAUCAAAAGAUUUAAAUGAGUAGAAUGAACUAAUUAAAAGAACGAAAAAGGAAAUAAUAUAGGCCUAAAUGCUCAAGCACACAUUCGUUCUGACUGUCUGAUCAGUCUAACAGCCUCACCUGUUGUUCCUGUCAAUCAGAUGUAAUAAAUACCAUUUAAAAUAACACAAGCAUAUUGCUAUUACGUUGUUAUAACUAACUUCUUUCAAAGCAGGGUUUCUCACAAACUCAUAAGCACACAUUUCAAGACACACACACACCCAGAGACAGAUGGCUGACACAAACCCCACACAAACACUGAUAAGACAGGAAAGGCCUUGAUCAAAAGGGUGCUUGGGUCUGCAUUUCACGAGAUACUGAGACACACACACACCCAAGGACAGAGGGCUGAGGCAAACCUUUCAUAAACACUGAUAAAACAGGAACAUCUACGCACACACCAAAUCUCCUGUUUUAGCUGAACAUUUCAAAACACAGAACUCUGCUACCAGGCCCAGAAGGACGACACCCAGAUCGACAGGACCAAUCAGAAGACCAGAACUACUAGACUCAACCUACUUUCUUUACUGUAUAUAAUGUUUAUGCACUCUGUUAUCUGGGCUCUGUCUGGAGGUUCCUUGUGAACUGAAUGAACGAGUCCGUGCACGCUUGUACCAGAUAUCUUUACUCUGAAUAAACUGUCGCUUGUCAUACAAUUUACCACCUAGUCUGAAUCGAUCCUUGACCGGCUCACCCUUCUCCAUAUCCCAUUAUCAACAGAAACUUGGUAAGCAGAGGAUGGUUGUCUAGAUACCCGGUCCAGAGUGGUUGAUGUUGAUGCGAGGGGGCGAGUUGGUGGAAGGACGGUUCACGGAGGACAGGUGAAAUCUUUUGGGGGGAGGACAACAAUUCUGCUCAGCUCGGGAAACUGAUCUCAAGGUCGACCAUAAACAAGGUAAGCAAAACCUGUUAAAUCAAACUUUGCAUAUUGUCGUAUUAGUUUAUCCAAAUUUUGAUCAGUAUCACCGAGUGUGAGUAUGAAUUCUUGAUUAAAUUUAUAUACAGAUGACAAAACUGAACGGCAGUGAAGUAAACAUAUGUGGGAAUAAUUUGUGAUAAGACUUAUUCAAUAGUCCGGCUGAGACCGGUAAGGAAUAAGCUUAUUUGUGCUGUACUUAUUCAAUAGUCCGGCUGAGACCGGUAAGGAAUAAGCUUAUUUUGUGCUGUACUUAUUCAAUAGUCCGGCUGAGACCGGUAAGGAAUAAGCUUAUUUGUGCUGUACUUAUUCAAUAGUCCGGCUGAGACCGGUAAGGAAUAAGCUUAUUUUGUGCUGUACUUAUUCAUUAGUCCGGCUGAGACCGGUAAGGAAUAAGCUUAUUUGGGCUGUACUUAUUCAAUAGUCCGGCUGAGACCGGUAAGGAAUAAGCUUAUUUGUGCUGUACUUAUUCAAUAGUCCGGCUGAAACCGGUAAGGAAUAAGCUUAUUUUGUGCUGUACUUAUUCAAUAGUCCGGCUGAGACCGGUAAGGAAUAAGCUUAUUUGUGCUGUACUUAUUCAAUAGUCCGGCUGAGACCGGUAAGGAAUAGGCUUAUUUGUGCUGUAUUUAUUCAAUAGUCCGGCUGAGAACGGUAACGAAUAAACUUAUUUGUGCUAUACUUAUUCAAUAGUCCGGCUGAGACCGGUAAGGAAUAAGCUUAUUUGUGCUAUACUUAUUCAAUAGUCCGGCUGAGACCGGUAAGGAAUAAGCUUAUUUGUGCUAUACUUAUUCAAUAGUCCGGCGGAGACCGGUAAGGAAUAGACUUAAAGUAUGGGUGUGUGAUGAAGGCUUGUUUGAUAGUUUGGCACUAGCCAAUGUGAUGAUAGGAUAUGCACGGUGAGUAAUUUUGUGAAAUAUUUAAAGAACUGUCACGUUCCUGACCUAUUUCUGUUAGUUUGUUGUAUGUGUUAGUUGGUCAGGACAUGAGUUUGGGUGGGCAUUCUAUGUUUUCUGUUUCUAUGUUGGUUUAAGGGUUGCCUGGUAUGGCUCUUAAUUAGAGGCAGGUGUUUGGCGUUUUCCUCUAAUUGAGAGUCAUAUUUAGGUAGGUUGUUUCACAGUGUUCGUUGUGGGUGGUUGUCUCCUGUGUCUGUGUCUAUGUUACACCAUACGGGACUGUUUCGUGCGUUCUCCGUUUUAUGUAGUCAUUUUUCCUGUUGUGCGUUCUGCGUGUUUUAUGUAAGUUCGUAUGUUCAGGUUUGUCUACAUUCGUUUUGUUGUUUUGUAAUAUAUCAAGUGUUCUUCGUGUGUUUAGUUCGUCUUGUAAUUAAAUCAUUAUGUAUUCACAACCCGCUGCGCCUUGGUCGAAUCACUACUCCUCCUCUUUGGUUGAAGAGGAGGAGGAACACCGUGACAGAACCACCCACCAAACAUCCAGAACCAAGCAGCGGAAGUUCGAGCAGGAUAAUACACAGGACUACUGGACUUGGGAGGACGAGCUGGAUGGAAAAGGUCCUUGGGCGCACAUUGGGGAAUAUCGCCGCGCUCGUGAGGAGAUGGAAGCAGCGCGAGCCCAGGAGCGAUGGUAUGAGGAGGCAGCAAAGAGACGUGGCUGGAAACUGGUGAAUCAAGCCCAAAACUGCAGAUAUGAGGGGAAGCGUCUAGCACGGAAGCCCGUGAGUACUACCCAAAAAUUUCUUGGGGGGUGGCUAAGAGAUAGUGGGCCAAGGGCAGGUAGGAGACCUGCGCCCACUUACCAGGCUAACCGUGGAGAACGGGAGUACGGGCAGACACCGUGUUACGCAGUAGAGCGCACGGUGUCUCCUGUACGUGUGCAUAGCCCAGUGCGGGUUAUUCCACCUCCCCGCACUGGUAGGGCUAGAUUGAGCAUUGAGCCAAGUGCCAUGAAGCCGGCUCUACAUAUCUGGCCACCAGUACGUCUCUUUGGGCCGGCUUACAUGGCACCAGCUUUACGCAUGGUGUCCCCGGUUCGCCUACAUUGCCCGGUGCGGGUUAUUCCACCUCUCCGCACUGGGCGGGCGACGGGGAGCAUUCAACCAGGUAAGGUUGGGCAGGCUCAGUGUUCAAGGGAGCCAGUACGCUUGCACGGUCCGGUAUUUCCGGCACUACCUCCCCGCCCCAGCCCAGUACCACCAGUGCCUACACCACGCACCAGGCUUCCAGUGCGUUUUCAGAGCCCUGUUCCUCCUCCACGCACUCUCUCUAUGGUGCGUGUCUCCAGCCCAGUGCCUCCAGUUCCGGCACCACGCACUGAGCCACCUGUGCGUCUCCAGAGCCCUGUACACACUGUUCCUUCUCCCCGUACUCGUCCUGAUGUGCGUGCACUCAGCCCGGUGCCAACAGUGCCGGUACCACGCACCAGACAAAUAGUACGCUUUGAGAGUCCAGUGUGCCCUGUCCCUGCUCCCCGCACUAGGCUUGGAGUGCGUGUCUCCAGUCCGGUGCCUCCAGUUCCGGCACCACGCACCAGGCCUACAGUGCGUCUCAGCCGGCCAGAGUCUGCCGUCUGCCCAACGGCGCCUGAACUGUCCGUCUGCCAAGCGCUGCAUGAACUGCUCGUCUGUAUUGAGCCUUCAAAGCCGCCCGUCUGCCAUGAGCCUGCAAAGCCGCCCGUCUGCCAUGAGCCUACAGAGCCUUCCGCCAGACAGGAGCCGCUAGAGUCUUCCGCCAGACAGGAGCCGCUAGAGCCUUCCACCAGACAAGAGCAGCCAAAGCCUUCCGCUAGACAGGAUCAGUCUGAGCCAUCCGUCUCCUCAGCGCCACCUGAGCCAUCCGUCUCCUCAGCGCCGUCUGAGCCAUCCGUCUCCCCAGCGCCGUCUGAGCCAUCCGUCUCCCCAGCGCCGUCUGAGCCAUCCGUCUCCCCAGCGCCGUCUGAGCCAUCCGUCUCCCCAGCGCCGUCUGAGCCAUCCGUCUCCCCAGCGCCGUCUGAGCCAUCCGUCUCCCCAGCGCCGUCUGAGCCAUCCGUCUGUCCCGAGCCAUUAGAGCCGCCCGUCUGUCCCGAGCCGUUAGUCAGUCAGGAGCCGCUAGAGCCAUUCGUCAGUCAGGAUCUGCCAGAGUCGCCAACCAGACAGGAUCUGCCAGAGUCGCCAACCAGACAGGAUCUGCCAGGGCCGCCAACCAGACAGGAUCUGCGAGGGCCGCCAACCAGACAGGAUCUGCCAGAGCCGCCAACCAGACAGGAUCUGCCAGAGCCGCCAACCAGACAGGAUCUGCCAGAGCCGCCAACCAGACAGGAUCUGCCAGAGCCGCCAACCAGACAGGAUCUGCCAGAGCCGUCAGUGAGCCAUGAGCGUCCAGAGCCGUCAGUGAGCCAUGAGCGUCCAGAGCCGUCAGUGAGCCAUGAGCGUCCAGAGCCGUCAGCCAGCCAUGAGCGUCCAGAGCCGUCAGCCAGCCAUGAGCGUCCAGAGCCGUCAGCCAGCCAUGAGCGUCCAGAGCCGUCAGCCAGCCAUGAGCGUCCAGAGCCGUCAGCCAGUCAUGAGCUGUCCCUCAGCCCAGAGCGGCUAUUUAUCCAGAAAUGCCCCUCAGUCCAGAGCUGUCUCUCUGUCCGGAGCUGCCUUUCAGUCCGGAGUUGCCUCUCUAUCCUGAGCUACCUCUCUAUCCUGAGCUAUCCCUCUGUCCUGAGCUAUCCCUCUGUCCUGAGCUAUCCCUCUAUCCCGGUGCUGCCCCUUGUCUCGAUGUUACCCAAAAGAUUAAGGGGGUGUAAUAUGAGGGUGGUCAUUUGUAGGGGGAGAUGUAAGCUGGGAUUGACUAUGGUGGGGUGGGGACCUCGCCCUGAGCCUGAGCCACCACCGUGGUCAGAUGCCCACCCAGACCCUCCCCUAGACUUUGUGCUGGUGCGCCCGGAAUUCGCACCUUAAGGGGGGGGUUAUGUCACGUUCCUGACCUAUUUCUGUUAGUUUGUUGUUUGUGUUAGUUGGUCAGGACGUGAGUUUGGGUGGGCAUUCUAUGUUUUCUGUUUCUAUGUUGGUUUAAGGGUUGCCUGGUAUGGCUCUUAAUUAGAGGCAGGUGUUUGGCGUUUUCCUCUAAUUGAGAGUCAUAUUUAGGUAGGUUGUUUCACAGUGUUCGUUGUGGGUGGUUGUCUCCUGUGUCUGUGUCUAUGUUACACCAUACGGGACUGUUUCGUGCGUUCUCCGUUUUAUGUAGUCAUUUUUCCUGUUGUGCGUUCUGCGUGUUUUAUGUAAGUUCGUAUGUUCAGGUUUGUCUACAUUCGUUUUGUUGUUUUGUAAUACAUCAAGUGUUCUUCGUGUGUUUAGUUCGUCUUGUAAUUAAAUCAUUAUGUAUUCACAACCCGCUGCGCCUUGGUCGAAUCACUACUCCUCCUCUUCGGUUGAAGAGGAGGAGGAACACCGUUACAAGAACUGAAGGUUUAAGUGUUAAAUGUUAAUGUUACAUGUGUGAGUUGAAUUUAUUUGUUAAAUAUUAAUGUUGCAUGUGUGAGUUGAAUUUAUUUUGAUUGAAACGUGGUGAAUAUUAAAACAUUAAAUGACUAUUUGGGAAAUGUGCUGAAUUGAUAUUGGGGAGGGUAUAGUGUAAAUUGUUGGUUGCGCAUUCCACAACGCCGGAUAAAUUAAUAAUAUACAUGACAUUUAAAAAUUCUGAGUGUACGAGGGAGGAGCUCUGAGAUAAGACAGAGUACAUGUCUCCAGGAAUACAUCGCUGGUAUUAACCGGUGACGGGCUAAGUAUAUUCAGAUAGUCUAAUUAAGGUAUUUCUUUUUAUUAAGCUAAUAAAAUAAAAUAUAAAUAAGCAUAAAAUAUACGAUAUAUGACAAAAUGACGACCCCCAAUACUCCAAAGCUUAAAUUUAACGAUUUUCUAGAUCAGAAGAUACAAGAUAGAGCAGGGGGAAAGGAACAAUACAAGACGGUAAAGAAGGUUUGGGAGGGAGUGAAGCUGAAAUGGACACAAGCAGGUUACUUUAGAGGGGGGAAACUCCAAUCUAUGCAGAAAGGGCUAGAGGACGCAGUGGAGAAAGCAAGAGCAAGUGAGACAGAGAGGAACAAGACACACAUGUUUAAGACGAGGGAAAGAUAGAGACAUGUUUGUAUGCUGAUGACAGAGAAAAACUUCAAACCAAUUCGGAGUAGAGAGAAUACAUUUAAUAACUUCUUUAGGUUAAAUUUACAGACUAAUGAUAUUAUUGUUAUGGAUUGGCUGACAUGCGAUAUAAAUUUAGCGAAGUAUAUGAUUUUAUGCACUACAGGUGAAUUGCAGGUGAACUCACUCAAUCCAGUCCCUGAGGCCUGUUGGGGGGACCAUACCAAGGACUCCUGGUAACAGCUAGCUGAAAUAGCUACCCGGAUUCAUAUCGCACUGCGGGAGGGUGAGACACAUUGACACUGUCGAACAAGCACAGUGUCCGAGAGGAGAACUGGAAUUAACAGAAUUCUGGGGGCCAUCUCUCGGAUGAAGAUUUCCUUUUCCCGUCAUUCCAUCCCUGUGUUUGUUCAUAGAAGUGAAAGUGUUGCUUGAUCUCUGGCUGAUGAUGUGUUCUCUGGGAGAGGAUGGGGCUUUACAGGACUGCUUGUAGUCCUGAGCUGUCUGUUUAGGAUACGAUGGGGAUGUUACCAUCACAGUACUGCCAGAACCACCACCAGUUUCAACGGACCAGGGUUCAGCCACCCUCCUCCACCACUUCAAGACCAAGUCCCACGCCAUCACCUAAGCUCUCCAAUCUGGUACAGGUAAUAAAUGUAAAAGACAUCUCAGAUAGUGACCAACUGGGCACUGAAACUGGUUAUGAGGGAAGGGAGAAUAUGUGGUUGGCCUAAAAAAACACUUAAUAGAAAGGACUGUGUUGUAUGGGGACAUGCCAGACCUAUUCUGGCUGCUCACCCAUUUGCCCUAAGUAAGGGGGAAGGUUGGAUGUGCAUAUUGGAAAGUUUAAGCCAAAUUCAACCCUGUGUAAAACUCUGAGUCUUGUGUUCCCAGAAGUCCCUCCCCAGAAGGCACCGUGGGGAGUUAAGGCAAGAGGGGGAUAUUACAGCUGUAACACUGGUAUAGGUAGAGGUAUAGACUAUGGGAGGUUCCCUACUACUGCCUGCAUCACUAAUGUCACUAUUAACUAGAGGUGUUGCUGAUGUAUGGUGGAUGUGUGGACCUGCCAGGCGGUUGACCACAUUUUGAAAGGAGAUUGUCAGGGCACAUGUGCUUUGGCCAGUCUGAUAAACACCAUUGCCUAUUAUUGAGGUUACAGCUCCGAGAGUACAGAUAACAUCCACACCAACCUGUUGGGGGUCCCAAUAGGGGUCCCCCACGAAUUCCAGACAUUAAACAGGAAUGAUGGCCUGUGGCAUCUGAUGCCCAUCAUUGGCCCAGCUAUUGUUGAUGCUAAACAAAAUGCCUGGAUCAAUUAUAUCUACUAUAAUUAAUAAUGAUUUGUUAAAUACACCCACACAGCACUUACGGGGAUGGCUGAACAAUUAGAUGCUACCUCUCAAACCAGUAGACAAAAUAGACUAGCACUGGACAUGAUUCUGGACGACCAGGGAGGUGUAUGUAAAAUGUUUGGAGAACAGUGUUAGACGUUUGUCCCUAACAAUACUAGUCCGGAUGGGAGCAUUUCAAAAGCUCUGAGUGGGUUGGCAAGGUUAUCGGUGGAGAUGAGGGGUCUUGCAGGUGUGGAGGAGAGUGGACUGUUCCCCUGGCUGGGUGGUUGGUUUGGUAAGUACACUGCAAUGAUGAUUACUGGAUUUCUGACCCUAAGUUGUUGGUUUUCGUAUGCUCAUGUGCCGUAAUGCCUGUAUCAUCCCUUGUUUGAAGAAGUCUGUUACAGAUGUGGAAAGGGCCUGGUAUGAUGCCGUUGUUUGAUGCUCCAGUUGGAGAGGCUGAUACGAAAUCAAGCUUUCGCAGGAGAGUGGGCCUGACAGAGGAAGACCCUUGGUUCGCUGUAGUUGAUGUUGUCGAAUGAAUAAAAAGUGAUGUUUGUCCUCCCUGUUGUGAAGGUUUGAAGUUCCCGGGUGGCGAUGAGCCCACCUGGUACAGGUUGUAUAGAGGGAUGGACCUGAGGGUUUAACAUGUUCUCGCUUUUUUGGUUACUAAUGUGUGAUUGGCCACACCAGUUGUAGCACUUGGAGUGGUCUCCUUUUGGUCCUUGCUCAUCCUUAUUUUCCCUUUUCUUGUGGCAGACGAACCAGAUCCAGAUCUUCUUUAUGAUGAAUUCUAGCUUUUUUAUGUCACGUCUCUUGUGAGACGUGAAGAGGGGGAAUUAAAACUUUCUCUCUGAGAAAGUUUCCCUGGUUGUUUACUUUUUCUUUUCUUACUUUUACCUAGUUUAUGUCACGUCUCUUUGGAGACGUGAAGAGGGGGAUUUGUAAUAAAUACCAUUUAAAAUAACACAAGCAUAUUGCUAUUACGUUGUUAUAACUAACUUCUUUCAAAGCAGGGUUUUUCACAAACUCAUAAGCACACAUUUCAAGACACACACACACCCAGAGACAGAUGGCUGACACAAACCCCACACAAACACUGAUAAGACAGGAAAGGCCUUGAUCAAAAGGGUGCUUGGGUCUGCAUUUCACGAGAUACUGAGACACACACACACCCAAGGACAGAGGGCUGAGGCAAACCUUUCAUAAACACUGAUAAAACAGGAACAUCUACGCACACACCAAAUCUCCUGUUUUAGCUGAACAUUUCAAAACACAGAACUCUGCUACCAGGCCCAGAAGGACGACACCCAGAUCGACAGGACCAAUCAGAAGACCAGAACUACUAGACUCAACCUACUUUCUUUACUGUAUAUAAUGUUUAUGCACUCUGUUAUCUGGGCUCUGUCUGGAGGUUCCUUAUGAACUGAAUGAACGAGUCCGUGCACGCUUGUACCAGAUAUCUUUACUCUGAAUAAACUGUCGCUUGUCAUACAAUUUA